CUACAGAAUUAUAAUGUUCAGUAUUCAAUUGGUCACGGCGGGUUUGGCAACGUUUACAAGGCUGAACAUCGAUUCACCGGUCAGAAAGUAGCUAUCAAAUUCAUUGAAAAGAAAAAAAUUCAGAAUCAUUCUGGUAUGAUGAAAAGAGUUCUCCAAGAAGUCGCGAUUCACUCAAGGCUGAAACACCCAUCUAUAUUGGAGGUGUACAACUAUUUUGAAGAUGCUCAUUACAUAUACUUAAUACUUGAACUCUGUCCUCACGGGGACCUCAACUCAAAACUCAAAACCUUAUCAUGUGGCUUCCCCGAACACGAAGUUCGCAGCUACAUGCAGCAGAUCGUAGAUGGGAUCGUCUACCUACAAAAGCAUAGAAUCCUCCACAGAGAUCUGACUUUAUCAAACAUUUUAAUCAGCAGACACGGAACAGUUAAAAUAGCAGAUUUUGGUCUGGCCACACAAUUGCAGGAUGUCAACGAAAAGCACUUCACAAUGUGUGGAACACCUAACUACAUAUCACCAGAAGUGGCAUCGAGAACUUCUCACGGCUUGGAAAGUGACGUGUGGUCGGUUGGGUGCAUGUUCUACGCCAUGCUCACUGGCAAACCUCCAUUUGACGGAGAAGGCGUAAAAGAAACUCUGGAAAGAAUAAAAUCAGGAGAAUAUUGCAUGCCAGACCACGUGAGCAGCCACGCAAAACAUCUCAUCAAAUCGUUACUGCAAAUGAAACCAGAAGAUCGACUUAAACUUGAACGUUAG